UGACGUAUAAUGUAGUGGACGGGAUGUUUUUUCGACAACCGCAAUUCAUCCACCUCGGUAGAGUGCUAGCCAACAUAAAACUAAAACAUUGAAGCCUUUUGGCCAUUUUUGUGUAUAUUAACCUCAGAGUUUUAAACACACUGUCUGCGUAUUUACAAAUUACUCUAUUUAAUGUACUAUUUACGUUGUUAGCUCUCUAGCUAAGUAACAUUAGGCUAAUGCUAACUAGCUUUCUAACAUCCUCGACCAUGAGUUCACUAAGCUACUCCCUCCCUGCUAAAGAAGAGGAGAAAGAAGCACCCGUGAAAGAGGAGAAGGAAGAGGAGGCUGUCACAGUUAAACAAGAAGUAGAGGAUGAGGCUGUUACAGUGAAAGAGAAAGAAUUUACAUUGAAAGAGGAAGAAGUUACGGUGAAAGAAGAGGAAGAAUCUUUAAGAGUGAAAGAGGGAAUGAAGGAGGAGGGGGAGAUUACUGUCACAUUGGAGGAGACUGGAGAUCUGAUUAACACCAGAGAAAGACCAGACUCAGAGGAACCAGGGACGUCCAAACCAGCAAGACGACACCACUGCUCCCACUGUGGAAAGGGUUUUAACCAGUUAGGGGACCUGAAAACACAUGCGAGAAUACACACAGGAGAAAAGCCAUACCACUGCUCCAAGUGUGAAAAAGGUUUUAACCAGUUAGGAAACUUGAAACGGCAUGAGAGAAUACAUACAGGAGAAAAGCCGUACCACUGCUCCCACUGUGGAAAGGGUUUUAACCAGUUGUGGGACCUGAAAGGCCACAAGACUUUGCACACAGCGGAGAAGCCUUAUCACUGCUCCCUUUGCGGAAAGAGUUUUACUGUGUUAGGGAGCUUGAAAAUACACGAAAUAAAUCACACAAUGGAGAAGCCUUACCACUGCUCCCAGUGUGAAAACAGUUUUACAGAGUUAGGGAGCCUGAAAAUACACGAGAGAAUACACACAGGAGAGAAGCCUUACUACUGCUCCCAGUGUGGAAAGAGAUUUACCCAGUUAGAAAAUCUGAAAGAGCAUAAGAUACUGCAUACAAGGGAGAAGCCUUACCCCUGCUCCCUUUGUGUAAAGAGAUUUUCCUCAUCAGGGUGCCUGAAAAGACAUGAGAGGACACACACAGGCGAUAAACCAUUCCAAUGCUCCCAGUGUGGAAAGAGUUUUUCCUUGUUAGCGAGCCUGAAAAGACAUGAGAGGACACACACAGGAAAUAAGACUCAUCACUGCCCCCAGUGUGGAAAGAGUUUUAACCUUAAAGAAUACCUGAAAGUGCAUGAGAGAAUACACACAGGGGAGAAGCUAGAGAAGCAUUUCCACUGCUCCCAGUGUGGAAAGAGUUUUUUCUUGUUAGCGAGCCUGAAAAAACAUGAGAGGACACACACAGGAAAUAAGCCUCAUCACUGCUCCCAGUGUGGAAAGAGUUUUAAGCUGAAAGGACAAUUGAACCAGCAUGAGAGAAUACACACAGGGGAGAAGCCAUACCACUGCUCCCAAUGUGAAAAGAGUUUUGCCUGGUUAGGGGACCUGAGAAGACAUGAGAGGACGCACACGGGAGAGAAGCCUCAUCACUGCUCCCAGUGUGGAAAGAGUUUUACCCAGUUAAGACACAUGAAAAGACAUGAGAUAAUACACACAGGAGAUACAAAUGUAGGCUGAACAGUGGGACAUAGGACAGAUGUAGGCUGCUGAACAGUAGGACAUAGGACAGAUAUAGACUGAACAGAGGACAGAUGAAGGCCCAAUUCAUGGUGGGUCAGUAGUCCCCAGACACUCUGAAUGUGUCUUGACUUUCCAGUGUUUUCCCUCCUGCAUGUAUUAUAAAGUAUUGUGUUUGUGGAUGUGUUUUCUGGGGGCAGGUUUUGGUUUGUGCCCUAGCACAGCUGAUUCAUAUAACCAACUCAUCAUCAAGCUUUUCUUAUUUGAAUGGGCUGUGUAGUGUUAGAGGACCUGAACAAAUACAGAGGUUUUGUUCUGGCUGUUGUUUUUGACUGAGAAUUGUUCUGACUCUUCUCUUUUCCUUUAAGUUGUUGAAAUGUUUCCCGGAAUCACUGACCUUCACAUCUUAAAGUAAUGAUGGACUAUCGUUUAGCUAUCUUCAGUAUACCACCCCUACCUUGUCACAACACAACUGAUUGGCUCAA